AUGUCAGAACCUGGUGAUGGGGCACACGCUCUCGCACUCCCAGACUCCUCAGGGGCAGUCCCCACCUCCACUGAAGCAAGGGCCAAGCGCCACAUCGCCGCGUUGGAAGAAGAAUUACAAACAAUGAAGCAAGAAAGGGGAACGAAGCAAAGAAAAACCACCUACUACGUCGCUCAAGGCAGAGGGGUUCGUCGCAUGAGCGUCCUUUAUACUAACCUAGAAGACUUGAUCGCCGAGAACGAUCGCAGGUACGAGGAAGCUAUAUUGGACGACUUGGAGGGCAGCACCCUAGAACAAAAUCGCCUGCAGCGAGGCUACCUCUCACUCGCACAAGCUCUGCCGUGGUUUCAUUCUAAGCUUUCAGACCUGGAUGCUGAUGACUGUGAAGAUAUGUUGAAAAAGAUCAAAAGAGGAGCUGAUGUGGCCCGUGGCGAUGAUACUUCUACUCUCAAGGACCUCGUCGCCACCUGGGUUAAUCAGGAUUUUCGCCCGUCGCCUCUACUCCGGUCCAACGACAAGCAGCUGCGCGGCUUCACACACGACGUUUGUGGGGAUUUGCUAUGCCCUGCCGAGUGGGACUGGAAUGAUAACCGCGUGAAGGCCGGUAUUCGCGAUAGAACAUCGGACUUCAUUGUAUCGGAAAACUCCUGGCCGCGGUUCGUUUACGAAAACUACUUGUUCGACAAUAGCGACCUGGAGAAAGGUCUCUUCAAGUCGAAGAUCCUCGUUCAGGCUUUCAAAGCUACAUUUACAUCGCCAUCUUCUGCAAGAGAAGCUGAUGGCGAUGGCGAUGGUGCCGACAUCCUCGAGAAUAACAGGCGCGCUCGUCGGGCAUUAAAUCAAGUUAAGGUCAAAAUGUGUGUGGCCUCCAUUAUCAACAUGAAGAAAGUUACCCCUCGUUCCAUCGCUUAUAUUGUUUGUCAAGUUCGUUUUGCGCUAUCCAGCGUCUCAUCUUGGCGCACCGUCGAUGGGGACUUUGACUACGAAGGAUUCUGGAAUAACAUCGUCGACUUCUUUGAGGAAGUCCCUGGCCCUGUUGCACAACGUAGGGUGAGCAAACUUCUCAAAUGGUGGACAAGGUUUUCGGAAAAAAAUCACCGCGAGGAUCUCACACCUGAAGUUGUGUCUCAGAUGUCCGUUACAGCGCUGGCAGAACAGAGAAAGGCACAAGAGGAUGCUGCUUUCGAUUCGGACUAG